AUGCUGGCCGAGCUCAAAGCCAUCUUCCCCAAUGGCCUGUUCCAGGGGGAUAACUUCAGAAUCACCAAGGCUGAUGCCGCCGAGUUCUGGAGAAGAUCGUUUGGGGACAAGUGAGUCCACCUCUGCUCUCUACAAAAAGUAGACAUUUACUGCACGCUAGCCAGUCAUAGUGGAAGUAUUUACAUCUAAGUGGUUAGAUUGGAUAUAUUGAUGCACCACAUGAUGGAAACAGGAAGAAAGAAAUGCCUUUUCAAGCUACGUGAGGUAGCCUAGGUAAGCAGAUAGAAAGUAGUUAAUUGAGUCUCUUUUUAUUAGUCACAUUUUUGUCAAUCACCAUAAACACCCAGAACCAGGAAAAGCAACUGGCAAAAUUAAGCCCACAAGAUUUCAUAUGGCCUGACGAAAAUGUCUCCAUAAAAAUAACAAAAUCAUCCCGUGGCAUAAUGUCGCUGCUGACCCCUGCCCUAAACACUAUUGUUGCACUGUAGCGAAUAACAUGUUUGGAACGUCCAUAUUCAGGGUAGAAUCAGAAGUGGGAUCGGACAUCGUAAGUGCAAUAACAGGGAAGGUUUAAUACAAUACAUCAAUGUUGCUUGUUCUACUCGAUGGGUAUAGUAAGCAUGUUGUCCUGAUGUGUUUUCAGGACUAUAGUGCCUUGGAAGGUGUUCCGGCAGGCACUGCACGAGUUCCACCCAAUCAGCUCGGGCCUGGAAGCCAUGGCCCUCAAGUCCACCAUCGACCUCGCCUGCAACGACUACAUCUCAGUCUUCGAGUUUGACAUCUUCACCAGGCUCUUCCAGGUUGGGCCUACACUCACACGCACAUGCACACUCACACACACACACACACACACGGACGCAUUCAAACACACACGUACAUGCGCAUGGACACACAAAAACACGCACACAAGUGCAUGGAUGCACACACACUCGCAUGCAUGGUCGCAUGCACUCAAACACACACACACACACACUCUCACACACAGCCCCCCUCGUACUACACACCACUGCACCAAUGUACACAAUUUCUCUUGAGAGAUGAGUUGAGAAAAGAGUCUAACAAUGGCCAUUAUUAUGAGUGUCUGUAUUUGUGUUGUGUAUCCCAGGUAUAGUCCUCCAUAGUUCCACCACACAUCGUUGUACCAUCACUAACUCCUAUCUACAGUUUAAAAGUCGGGGGUAAUGGGCCAAACAAUGGUCAUUAUUGUAGCCAAUAGCCUCUCACCAUAGCCGCACUUUCUAAUUACACACGAGUUUGGCAAAGUGAGACUAUUGUGGCCAUGUGUGUUUCUCUGCUAUGUGGAAUUGUGUGGCAGUGCCUGCUGAGAGAGAGGGGGCCAGUGUUUUGAGUUGAGUUGCUGCGUUGCGUGUCUCCAGGCUGAAUAGAGGCCUCUUGCUGCCCCUUGUUGUUGGCAUAAUGCAGUCUCCAACUCUUAAAGAACCUAUGCACUUUACAGCAGUGGUUCUCAACUGGUUUUGCUUCAGGACCCAAAUUGAACCAGGUUGUCUUAGUCGCAAUCCAAUAUUCGCAUCGUGAUUUUAUUUAUUUUUGCCAAAAUGCAAUCUGGAAAGCUAUAUUUAAUUCUAUAUUGAUAGUAAAUGUGCCAGUUUUAUGACAAGGGAACAACACUCACCUUUUUCAUUGUCAAUAGUUCAAUUUUGCCCAUAUUCUGGUUUGAGACUCCAAAAUCAACCAAAUCCACUAAAUAAAUAACUCUAAAUUGAAAAUACUAUGAUUGAAGAAAAGUAGUUGAGGUUAAAGUAGUUGAGGUUAAAACAUUAUUAUUUCUACACAUUUUCUUUCUGGUUUUAGUCAUUUAAGUUCAGACUGCAGUAUAAACCUUUUUUUAAAACACUCACGACCCAUUCAAAACAUGCGUCGCGACCCACCAGUUGAGAAUCACUGCUUUCCAGGGAGUCGGGACUGGAUGAAAUUGGUAAAUGCCUAGGAGAGGAGUGGCUUUUUUGGGCUAACUCUAUCAAGUAUUUAAGUGGCCACUGUACAGAGAACAGAGGGCGCUUACUGGGCCAUUCUUUCACUGCUGGUUAGCUGUGAGGAACAAACUGUACUACAACAUACCCGUCCUGUCACAAAGGACCUCGGAAUCUGACUAGUCCAUUGGAAAUAUGGAAAUAUUUUUGCAAUUUUGAUCCAUAUGUGACAAAUUUCUAAUCUAGUUGCAUUGAAACAAGUUCUAGUGCCGGUUUCCCGGAACACAGAUUAAGCCCGGUCUAGGACUCAUGUAGUUUCAAUGGAGAUUAAUCUGUGUCCGGGAAACCAGCCGCUGCUCUUCUUCACACACGUCAUGUUUAGUGCUGCUGUGCGUGUUUUUCCCCGGAAGUAAUUGUCUCAUUAUAGGGAGCUCUAUGAUGCAUGAAGCACUGGGCUGUAUUCAUUAGGGCACACACCGGAAAAUAUCGUAAAACAUUUUGCGAUGGAAAAUGGAAAUUAGUGUUUCUUAUUUGGACAAGUGCAAGUAGUUGUUCCUUGUUUCAGUCCAUUUUCUUCUGUUUGGUGCCUAAUGAAUAUGACCCACACCACUUACAUGCCAAUUUCAAAACCUAAAAGCUAAGGUUUAUAUAAAUGCUUCCCUUUUAGUCAUCUGUUUAUUUUGUUGUUACUAAGGGACGACUAAUAUUUGUUUCCUGAGGGGAAGUGUACUUCAGUCUGAUUUGAUGUUUUUUUGUUAUUUCAUUAGGCCCUAGCUAGCUCCCUGACUUGUGUGAUAGUGAGUGGAAUGGAUGCAGUGCGACCUAGGUGGCUAUCUGUCUGCGAGUCGUGCUGAACAGCUGAAUACAGACUCAUUAUUUGGGUUUUGGAAGCGCCCUAGAAAUAGCCGUGGUGUGUUUGCCGAGAGCGCUCGUUCUUUUGAAGCCCCUGCACAUCAAGGUCAUGCUUCUCAUCAGCAUGUGAAUUCAUCUGUAUGAUAGCUAGAUAGUGGAGACACUGCAGUAGGGCACAAUUGGAUGGAAGCAUCAUUUCCGGUUAGUAACACAAGACAGGGUGGUCUGGUUAAAAGUAGUUCACUAAAUGGAAUAGGGUGCCAUUUGUGACAUAUCCAUUUGCUACAUGCUAGCUUCCUUUGUACGAUAGCCAAACUGACGAUAAAGAUACCUGUAGUAGUAAAUGUAUAAUUAUGACUGCUGUCUGCCAGAGAUGUCUUAGCACAGGAGCCAUAGUCAUUGACAUCUGAUGGUUAAGUUUAGUGCAUUAGAAGAUUUGCUAACGGCUCAUAUCGGUGAUGCUGCAUGCAUGACACUCAGCACCUUGUAGUGCUUGAGGUAAAGAGGAACACGUAUGAGAAUAGAUGUGAGGUAGCUUUCUUUCUGGUCAUAUUGUGACUGAAUCUGAAGUAAAAGCUGAAACAACCGACUGAUAUAGCCUAGCUGACUCAACCCGUGUCCUAGGGUUGUGUACAUUGGGCGUAGACUAGGCUAAGAAAAGCAUCCUAAUUUAAAUACUUUCACAGUUACAGACACUUCUUUUAAAUUACAUCUGAAAAUGCAUCUUUAGAAGAAGUGACAGGGCGGCGGUUUUGCAGUGUGUUGGGUCACCAUACAUGCAUAGCCCAUUAUUGGUUAACUGUGUUGAACAAGGCUAGGUCUUUGGUCACUGUGUUUCCACUUAAUUUUGCCUCUAAACCAUCAGCAUGAGUUCACUUCACGCUUUCUUUCAUAGUUUUUGACGUGUCAAGAGACCUCACAAACUCACUGGUGUGGAUCCCCCUUCGAACUGCUACGUAUGCUAGCUAAUCGCUAAGUACAUUUUAAAGGAGUUUGUUAUAGCGCAUUAGCUUCCAUUGCUAGCAGUAGAACACUGGACUAACUCUAUUUCCUCUUUCCUCUUGUCACCACACAUACAUUUUAAGACCAGCCAGCUGAAAAUAGUUCCUCAUGGUGUGUCAGUGUACUCAAACAGGCAGGCGUAGUGCAGCGCAAGCUGAUUUACUCUUAGUACAGUAGCUUCUCACUAUCGUUACCACAUUACCAUUCCCAGGGGGCAGAUCUGAUAUGGAGAUAGGGUUGCAUCUCUGGAGAAAGUAAAGGGAGCUUUCAUGAUUCGUUAGAUUUGUUUGCGUUACUCUCCACGUUGUACCACCGUGUUGUACCACUCUGAGACAUUUGACAUUUGACAUUUUAGUCAUUUAGCAGACGCUCUUAUCCAGAGCGACUUAGUUAGUGAGUGCAUACAUUUUCAUACAUUAUUGGUUAACUGUGUGCCCGUGUGUGUGUAUACAGCCUUGGUCGUCUCUGCUGAGGAACUGGAAUAGCCUAGCGGUGACUCACCCUGGCUACAUGGCCUUCCUCACCUACGAUGAGGUCAAGGCCCGGCUGCAGAAGUUCAUCCACAAGCCUGGCAGGUCAGUGAGAGAGUCUACAUACAGACACAACAGGCACAUGCAACACUGACAUGCACACAUCAACACACGCUCACACACACUGACACAGCGUAUGCACACUGACGCACGCACACCUCAGCCAGAUACACUUUCUCUGCUAUUGUCAAAGCACAAACCCAGUGAGAGACGAUGAUAUUUAUUAUAAACUGGGUGGUUUGAGCCCUGAAUGCUGAUUGGCUGACAGCAGUGGUAUAUCAGACCGUAUGCCACGGGUAUGACAAAAUAUUUAAUUACGUUGGUAACCAGUUUAUAAUAGCAAUAAGGCACCUCAGGGGUUUGUGGUAUAUGGCCAAUAUACCACGGCUAAGGGCUGUAUCCAGGUACUCCGCUUUGCGUCGUGCAUAGGAACAGCCCUUAGCCAUGGUAUAUUGGCCAUAUACCACAUCCCAUCGUGCAUUAUUGCUUAAUUAUACACUUUCAUUCAAGUUACCAUCGCAUUAUAACCAUGACUUUGCAUAUUCACGUUUUUUUUCUCCAACAUGAUGUGUGAUUGUCACUGACUUGAGUCUUGCCCAUGCUGUCACAUACUCUCACACUCCAAAACAGCUACUUAGACUACUGUUAAACACACUACAUUCUUACAGUCUCAGUCUGUCAUGAGCUUACACACACUAACAAACUCGACCUUUACACACCGUGGCGAGCACCACCAGCUUGGCUGUCUAACGCACACUUACACAAUGACACAGAAGGCGCCAGUCCGCCCUCACCCCCCGGUCUCACGUGCCCCCUGUGGCACAUGGAACAGCAUGGUACCUAGCAUCAAUAGGCCUAUUGUAGAGACUGGGCUGAUGUCAAUACUGGCUCCAACAGAGGGCAAGUGUGUGACACAACACAGCAAGUAUUUAGCCUUCAUUCACCUCUUACUCCUAGAUGACAAAAUUGGUGACUCUUUAUAAUGAUUUUAAUGAAUAAGCAUUACUUAACUAUUUAUGGGUAGUGUAUUCAUACUAAUAAUACUUGAGGAUUCUGUGAUGUAUAAACAUGUACUGCAUUGUAAGCUAUGUGUGUGUGUUUGUGUGUACACACACUCACACUAUAAGCAAUACAAUUUAUAAGCAUGUACAGUAUAUUGUUUACAAAAGCUUGUAAUGCCUACAAUUGCUUUAUAAAAGGCUUGUUAAUUAAAAUGUAUAUCCUUUCGUAUUAAACUCAGGACAGAGAAGCUCACCAGAGUUUGCUUAGGGUGGGGAUGAGCUGGGAUUUGUCAUUUAUUUAGGGUGUUUUCCCUGUGUUUAUGUUCCACAGCUACAUCUUCAGGCUGAGCUGCACGCGGCUGGGCCAGUGGGCCAUCGGCUACGUCACUGCAGAUGGGAACAUCCUGCAGACCAUCCCCCACAACAAGCCCCUCUUCCAGGCCCUCAUCGACGGCUUCCGGGAAGGAUUGUGAGUUCACCAGCCCCUCUCUCUCUCUCUCUCUCUCUCUCUCUCUCUCUCUCUGUGUCUGUCUCUAUCUCGGUCUCUCUCUCUCUCUUUCUGUCUCUCUAACUGUGUCCGUCUGUCUGUCUUUGUCUGUUUCUCGCUCGUCUCUGUAUCUAUUUCUCGCUCUCACUCUCUCCAGUCUCAACCCAAGAGGUGAUCUUUCUAUAAACCAUGUGGAUAAUUUGGCAUCUCAAAGUCCCUGUGCCACUGAACUCAAACCAACACGUCUCAUGUUGCAUCGGCCACGACUCCAUGUCCUCCUCUUCUGUUUUCAUAAGCAGCAGGAGAGUUUGAUUUGCAAUGUGCAGUCAGAGGUUUGGGUGGAUAGUAGAUAUAAUGGUGUCUCCUGUGUGACUCUAGUCAGUAGAAGUGUACUUGAUAUGGGGAAUAGGGUGUAAUUUGAGACACAACUUAUGUGUGUUGGUUUUCCCUUGUGAGUGACCAGAGUUCCGUCUACUACAGCAGUGGUUCCAAACUCUUGCCCUCGAGUACCCCCAACAGGUACACCUUUCUAUUGUGGUCGCAGACAAGCACCCCUGAUUCAACUAAAAAACUCCUUGACAAGUUGAAUGAGGUGUGUUUGUCUGGGAUUUCAACAAGAAAAUAUACUGUUGGGGUUCCUCGAAGACCGGUUGGGAACCACUGUCCUAGAGUAUGCCAGUAUUCAAACUUCUGUUUUGUUUUAUAAAUGGUGUGGUAAGUAUCUUCAAACCUGUAAUCAAAUGCUGAAUUAGUCUGUGAAAGGUUUUAGGCUACAUGCGAUUUGCUUUGCAAAGAGCCUGACACAUGUGUUCUAUAAAGCCACUAUGCAAAGUAUCACUAAGGCCUCAAGGUUACAUGAAAAACAUAGUCAAAAACAUACAGUAUGGCUGCGAUUCAAAUUACACCCUAUUCCCCAUAAAGUGCCGUGCUUUUGAUCCUAUUUGGCAGCCCUGUGUGGCUCUAGUCAGUAGUAGUGUACUUGAUAUGGGGAAUAGGGUGACAUUUGAGACACAACCUAUGUGUGUUGGUUGACCCUUGUGAGUGACCAGAGUUCCAUCUCCUCUGUCCAGCUACCUGUUCCCUGACGGGCGCAGCCAGAACCCAGACCUCACAGGACUGUGUGAACCCUCGCCACAAGACCAUAUCAAAGUCACACAGGUGGGUCUCUCUUAUCUCCAUCUGUCUCUCGUAUUCAUAACCUUACAUACUGCACUUCCUGAAUCUUGGGUCCUGCUCUGUAGAGAAAAAGUUUUGAAACUGAGUGAAACAGCGUACUAUCUGAACUUGUCCAGUAGGAAAUUCUAAUUUGUUUUCUGUUUCAAAAUGUUUUUCAAUGGUGUGCACUACUGAACACGACCCUGGCUCCUUUUUGUUGCCUUAUAAGAACCAAACUAAACUAAGGGUGCUUUAAUGUGCUCUAUUUGUAUUUACUGUACGUGUUAUCCUGCGCUCAGGGAGGUCUGCUGAAAUCCCAUGGCUGACUAUGUAUCUCUGUGUGUUUGUCCUCAGGAGCAAUAUGAGCUGUACUGUGAGAUGGGCUCCACCUUCCAGCUGUGUAAGAUCUGUGCGGAGAACGACAAGGACGUGAAGAUCGAGCCCUGUGGUCACCUCAUGUGUACCUCCUGUCUCACCGCCUGGCAGGUACUGUACGCCUAGUCUCUCUCACACUGCUGGGUAGGGGCGGGUGUUUGGGUCAGUGGGCGGCAGUGUGUAUGUGGGUGUAUGCAUGUGCAUCCUCAUAUAGUCAUGAAUUUCCGUAAUCCCUCCUCCCUCUCUCUCUCCCUCUCUCUGUUCUUUUCUUCUCCUUCAGGAGUCGGAGGGUCAGGGCUGCCCGUUCUGCCGCUGUGAGAUCAAGGGCACGGAGCCCAUCGUGGUUGACCCCUUUGACCCCAAGGACCCCAUAGGGGGCUCCUACGGGGGCUGCAGGGGCAUGUUCGGGGCGGAGGGCGCCCCGUCGCCCAGCUACGACGAUGACGAAGACGACCGGCUGGAAGACCCCCACCUCAUGAUGAGCAAGCUGGCCUGUUCCAAGGUGAGCGCCGUCUAGAUGGGGCCUAAAGCUGAUAUGGAGCUCUCUUCCUGGGUGACGUUUCCCCUAGGUACAGGUCUAGGAUCAGCUUCCCCUCCCCCAAUCUUAACCUUAACAUUAGUGGGGAAAAUGCGAAACUGACCCAAGUGUCUAGGGACAACUUUACAUUACUCUUCCUCUAUCCCUGGGCUACGUUCAGCAAGGCACAACAUUGUGGACCGUUCAGAUAGAAACUUAUUAUUUGUGACUGAAUUUUUCUCAAAGUUGGCCUACUGAAUGUGGGCAUAAAGCCUACUGAAAUCCUUGUGGACUAUAGUUGUGCACCCCUGCUGUAAACUGAACUGUUCUGAGGUACUCUUCCUCUCUUUCUCACACCUUCAGAGUCUAAGAUCACAUAGCUUUCAUCUUUGACUUCUAAGGUCAGGGUUAGCUUUGCUUCUUCCAGGUGUUUGAUGUGCAGGGCCCUUUUCUCCUGUUGUGAGCCAGCAUCUUUCAGCUGUCCCUUUGUAACACGUCAGAACUCAGCCAGUGGAGUAAGCUUGAAUAGACUAAUACUUUGAGAGUGAGACUACACACAGCUUUGAUGUGAUGGGAAAUGUUUUCUCUGGUAUUGAAGAGUAAGUGUGCAGUGAAAAGUUUCUAGAACUCUCUCCCUGAGCUGUGGGGUGAUGUUGUUGGUACGUUGCAGGUGGAGCGGCCCCCCUCGCCCAUGUCCCUGGCGCCCCAGUCCUCCCUGCCCCCCGUGCCCCCCCGCCUUGACCUCCUGCAUCACCGACCCACCAACCCCCCAGGAGCAUCCAGCCCAGGGGCCAACAUCCAAGGCAAGCUCUCUGCGCAUUCACAGUCGAACAGCAAUAGACAAAUGGGAAUGUCACAAGUUGAAAUGUGUGUGAGAGAGGGUCCUAUUUAGCUGCUGUUGGAGGACAAUUUAGGUUGAAUAGAAAUCAAAAUAAGUAGUAAUAAUGUAUGAUUUGAUAGCACAAACCAAAAACCUUUGAUCAAAAAACCAAAGUGUUUUUGGCAUGAUAGCUGUUAAUUAAUGUGCUUCCUUGAUAAGUUGACAUUCUCCUAUGAAGUAGACUACUUCUUCCUUUUGAAAACAGAUUAAAUUGAUUGUCCUCAUGGUCUGUAAUUGUGCUCUCCUUUCCCAUAGGCAUCCUCCCACCACAAGGACAAGCCUCUCCCCCUGCCCCCAGCCCUGAGGAACCUGCCGCCCCCUCCUCCCCCAGACAGACCUCUCUCUGCCGGGCCUGACGGGUGGCUCGGCAGACGGCCACUACCCUGCACCCCCCUGGGGGAGCUCAAGCUUCCCCCUGCCCCGCCCAACCGCAACCUGGCCGACUGGAACCCCAGGCCAGUGCCCAAGGCCCCCGGACAGCCACCCGGUGUGGGAGACACGCGGGGGGUCCGGGAGCUCUCCAACAGACACUCCCUCCCCCUGGCCCUACCCUCAGCCCUAGACGGAUGCACGGACGGACAGAAGAACAACAGCUCGCUCAGUCUGGACCAUCAGCUGGUGACGGGAGCCAAGGUCUAAUACUAGCUUCUAUUAGAGCAGUUGAUUUAAAUGUGGUUUCACAGACAUGGAUUGAAUCUAUACCAAGACUGUGUACAAUUGUGUGUGAAUGUGUAGGGAUCACAAAUUGGUAUUUACAGAAGUAGGACUUUAGCUGUGUAUGUCUGUCUUCUAUGUUCCUCACCAGAGUUUUGCAGGCACGGCAUCUGGCAGUCAGGAGUACGACAACCCCAAAGUGAAGCCUUCUGCCUCGGCCAAUGCCAUCUACGCUCUGGCAACAAGGUACAGUACAGUACACACACUCCUCUCAUUGCUGUGUGAAUGUGGUAUUUCCUGUAUAGGGCCGGGUUUUUUCCUGACCAAGUGACUUUACCCAGAAAACUCUACUAGGUAUAGCCUAUCCUCAGAACCCAGAGUUUUCCCUGAUCAGGUCACAAAAUCCCUUGGCCCUGGUUAUAUUAACUGUCCCCUUCUCUCUCCCUGCGUUGUCAGACCCCAUCCAGGUCUGAAGCCUGUGGCUGGGGAGGAGGCCUAUGAGAGUGACGAGGAGUCCGACUACAUGAUCCCCACCUCUCGGCCCGUCCUGGCCCCCAUGGCAGCCCCCCUUGUGGUGGCAGAGACCCCAGUCCCCAAACCCCCCCAGGCCAGCUCUCUUAACUCAUGGUAAGCACCCUCUGCUAUAAGGCAGUAUCCCCGCUCAUUGAGAAACAUUGAAAAGUGUCACUGUAAGUUAAUUGAUAACUUUGAUGAUAUCGUAGGGAUACUGUGUGCAUCUUCAAUUAUGUAUUUUCUUAUUCUGACAAUUGAUUGCCCGUCAAUAGUGAAAAACCCAACAAGUGUAAAAAAAAAUAUAUAUAUAUAUAUAUAAUAAAAGUAAUAUCUGCCCAUUUGAUGUCAUGUCCUCUUAGUCUCCCUCCCCUUCCUGUGUUUGGUAGGCCCAUGCUGAAUGACCUGGAUGAAGGACCUCAAAUGUAUAACGCCCAGGCCCUCACAGCCUCCCUGCCCCACCUGGCCAGAGACUCUGGUACUGCCCUACCACAACAUUAUGGCUGCGUGCCAAAUGGCACCCUAUUAGUGCACUACUUUUGACCAGUACUUUAUGACCACUCUGUUCUAAACCCUAUCUGCUUCUGCUUAUUAUAAACACGCAUGCAGUAUACCCCAUCUUUGCUAGUUCAGCACUCCACCUCUAUUCUCAUUUUAGCCCACCGAUCUAGCCCACUGUAUUCUAUUCUAGCCCACUGUAUUCUAUUAUAGCCCACUGUAUUCUAUUAUAGCCCACUGUAUUCUAUUAUAGCCCACACUAUUCUAUUAUAGCCCACACUAUUCUAUUCAAUUCCAUUCUAUUCGAAGAGAUUAAAAUGCCAUUGUUUCAUUUCGCCCUUCUGACCACACUGUGAAUCCCUCCGUUCCCCAGAUUGCUCUGAGCUGCCCCCCCUGGCCAGUACCAAUGGCCCCAUCUGGGAGUCCCCCUGCCCGGUCCGGGAGCCCCCCGAGGAGGUAGAGGAGGAGAAUGGCUACGACAUCCCUAAACCAGUGUUUGCCGUGGCCCGACGCACCCUCUCCGAGCUGGGGGCCGCCGCCUUCAGCCGUCUCUCCAUGGACAGCGAGCCCGGAGCGUCCACCUGUAAGGCCCCCAACAACUCUGAGCCGGUGAUAUAGUUCAUUUGUAAGGUCAGAGGUUUCAAUAGGGGGUAGUUAAAGAGCCGCAUGUGGCUUCAGAGCCACGAGUUUCAGACCCCUAUAGUUCAUUUGUAUUUUUUCCUGACCUGAUCUGACCAGGGAACACUGGGCCCUAGGUAGUUUAUUUGAUAGAGACCAUGUACAACAAACGGUGCAUCAGAUUUGAGCUAGAUGAAUAGCCAAUUCUUAUCUGCAGUUGUAAGAUAUAGGCUGUUAGUAGAGCCCAGAGUUUUUUCCGGCCUAGUCAUGUGUUGAGGAAAAACUCCUCGCCCUGUGCGUCUCAAAUGGUUGACUAACUCUGGGUAUUUAACCAGGUUGUCCCUGGUGUUGUAUUCCUAUAUUUAUCAAUUUUAACUCAUAGAGCACCCUUAUACCGUCUUCAAGACUUACGAUUGCGAAUCAAGAUUUGGGCAGGAGUACUGAAUUGUAAUGUGGAUGCUGCUUGUUGUUCUGUGGUUUGUGAUGUGAAUGCUGUUCUAUUCUCCUCCCUGUUCUUCUAGCCUUCUCAGAGUCCAGCGACGCCCCAGAGCGGCCUCCCAAGCCCCUCCCCCGCCGCAUCAACUCAGAGCGCCGGCCCAGCCCCAUACCUCCUGGAUUAGGCACUGGAGGAGGAAAAGGAGGUGGAGGAGUAGCCAACCCCCAGAUUACCAGCGAGAUCGAGCAUCUCAUGAGCCAGGGCUACACAUACCAGGACAUCCAGAAAGCCCUGAUGAUUGCACAGAACAAUAUGGAGAUGGCCAAGAAUAUCCUGCGCGAGUUUGUCUCCAUUCCCUCCACGGCGCACAUUCUUACAUAG